UUCACUGCUCCAUUCCAAUUUCCAAUGAGCCUCUCCACUGCUCGCCUUCUCCACACUCUCUCCUUCCUUCCCAAAUCUCAUCCUCCUCUCUUCUCAUCCCCUGCCACUCCAACCUUUCUCUUCUCCAAGCCCUCCGCCUUCCCCUCCCUCUCCGCCAGGCUGUCUCUGUCUUUUCACAGUUCCACCAUGGGCGACGCUCCUGACGCCGGCAUGGACGCCGUCCAGCGACGCCUCAUGUUCGAAGACGAAUGUAUUCUGGUGGAUGAGAAUGAUCGUGUUGUUGGUCACGAUACCAAGUACAAUUGUCACUUGAUGGAAAAGAUCGAAUCUGAAAAUUUGCUUCACAGAGCUUUCAGUGUCUUUUUGUUUAACUCAAAGCAUGAGUUGCUUCUUCAGCAACGUUCUGCAACCAAGGUAACAUUCCCACUUGUGUGGACAAACACCUGUUGCAGUCAUCCACUAUACCGUGAAUCUGAGCUUAUUGAUGAGAACUCUCUUGGGGUACGAAAUGCUGCUCAAAGGAAGCUUUUGGAUGAACUCGGUAUUCCUGCUGAAGAUGUGCCUGUUGAUCAGUUUAUCCCGUUGGGUCGCAUGCUGUACAAGGCACCUUCUGAUGGCAAGUGGGGAGAACAUGAACUUGAUUACCUCCUCUUCACUGUCCGAGAUGUUAAUGUGCAUCCGAACCCUGAUGAGGUAGCUGAUAUCAAGUACGUAAACCAGGAGGAGCUGAAGGAGCUGUUGAGAAAGGCAGAUGCCGGGGAGGAAGGUCUGAAGCUGUCACCUUGGUUCAGACUCGUCGUGGACAACUUCUUGUUCAAGUGGUGGGACCAUGUUGAGAAAAACACCAUCAAGGAAGCUGCUGACAUGAAAACCAUCCACAGGUUGACUUAAACUGAGUCUUCUGGGAAACCUUGAUUGUGGCUUUAUUAUAAUUAGUGUUUUAUUUUCCCUGUUCCAAUUUGGACUCAUAAGGCGUUCCCAUAAGCGGACUUUGUUGUUAUUGUUGUUAAAUGCCGUGCUUUUGUAAUGUAGAACUGAUGAAUCAAUAAGAAACUUUUCGCCUCUUUCAUCAUGAAACAGGUUCACAAA